AUGUCGGAGAUAACCGGGGCGUGGCCUCCGCCGGGCAAGGCGGUCAAGCGCAAGCCUGACCGCCAGCCCGCACCCAAGGGAGCCGACAUCUACGUCUAUAUGCCGAUCGUGCUCCGCAACGAGUGGAUUCGGCGCCGUGGCUCAGACAACAUGCUAGCCCAGCAGGCCGCUCCCACCGCCGCCCGCGGCGGAGGCAAGGCGGCAAAGGGUGGCAAGGGCGGCGGCAAGGGUGCUGGCAAGGGUGAGCUAGGCGGCGCGCCCCACUUGCCAUGCACGUUUCGCCGUUGGCUGGCCAAGAAGAAGAAGGGCGGCAAUCGCGGGACCAAGGGCGGCGGGGGCAAGGGCGGCGAUGCGGCGCGAACCAAGGGCGGCGAGGGCACGCCCGGGCAGUUUGUGGCACGGCUCGAGCAUGUGCACAAGGUGCUGCCGGGCGGGCGUGUCCUUUUCAACGACGUCUCCCUCGGCCUUCUCUCGGGCGCCAAGGUUGGUAUUCUGGGGCCGAAUGGCGCUGGCAAGUCAAGCCUUCUCCGCCUGCUAGCCGGCACAGACUCUGAGCAUGAGGGCAACGUCUGGCGCGCUCCGUCGCUGCGGGUGGGUAUGCUGGAGCAGGAACCGCAACUGGACGAGUCGCGCUGCGUCCUCGACAAUGUCCUCGACGGCGUCAGCGACGCCCGCAACGCUCUCGAUCGCUUUGAGGCUGAGCUGCUGGGCGAGCAGGCGGCGGCGGGCGACGCGGUGGAAGCGCUCGACUGCUGGAAUCUCCGCCUCGAGGCGCGCACUGCGAUGGAGGCCCUCCGCUGCCCUCCCGGCGAGGCGAUGCCGGCGGCCCUAGAUGCCGAAGAUUUGGAUAUACGGCUGCCGGCGGUGCUGUCGGGUGGGCAGCGGCGGCGCGUCGCUCUGUGCCGGCUCCUUCUCAGCAAGCCAGAGCUGCUGCUGCUCGACGAGCCGACCAACCACCUCGACACAGCCUCCGUGGCGUGGCUAGAGGCGUGGCUCGCCGCAUUCCGCGGCGCGGUGGUCGCGGUGACGCACGACCGCUACUUCCUCGACAAUGUCGCGGGGUACAUUGUCGAGGUGGACGCUGGCUUCGCGCGGCCGUUUCGCGGAAACUACUCGGGGUGGCUCAAGCACAAGGCCGAGGCGAUGCGUCUCGAGGACUCGCGCGAGGAGGCGCGGGACAUAUUCGGGACACUUGCACUGCCCUCGCUGCACCCGCUGAAGGGCGAACUCGCGUGGAUCAGCCAGAACGCCAGGGGCGGCCGCACCAAGUCAAAGGCGCGGCUGCGCUCGUACGAGAAGCUGCUCGACGAGGCGCGCGACGCCCGCAACGCCGAGCGCGUGCAGAGCGGCGCCAUUUCGAUCGUGCCCGGCCCGAGGCUCGGGAACCAAGUGCUGUCGGCGCACGGGCUGACAAAGUCGUACGGCGAGCGGACUCUCUUCCGCGACCUCUCCUUUGAGCUCCCGCCCGGCGCCGUGCUCGGCGUCGUCGGCGCCAACGGCCUGGGCAAGUCGACGCUCAUCCGACUCAUUGUUGCUCUCGGCUACGUGGACCAGUCGCGCUCCGGGCUCGACGCGCGCAACAGCGAGAUCGCGCAGGGGGUGGACUUUCUCACCGUGGGCGAGCGGGAGGUGUCGAUGCGCGCGUACGUUGCCGCCUUCAAUUUGCGCGGCACGAUGCAGGAGAAGCUCGUCUCGAACCUCUCCGGCGGCGAGCGCGGGCGCGUCCACCUCGCAAAGACGCUCCGGCGCGGGUGCAAUCUGCUGCUGCUCGACGAGCCGACCAACGACCUCGACGUUGAUACGCUCCGCUCGCUCGAAGAGGCGAUCGGCGCUUUCGCGGGCUCGGCGGUCAUCGUCUCUCACGACCGCUGGCCCCCCUUGGCCGCGCUGCGACCGCUGAACACGACCGCGCCCGUGACAUGCCCGCGACGCGGUGCCGACUUUUUCGAGGGGUCCAUCAGCGACUACGACGCGUGGAGAGCGAGGAGACACGAUUCGGGUGAAGAUUGCGCCACUUCCGCUGCCGGGUGA